GGUUACACCUUGUGUCUUCUCCAUGGGAAUCGAACACACGGAGCCGGAGGUGCCGGACGAUGCGGUGGGCAGGCGGGUGUUCUGCGGCGCGGAGCGGGCCACGGUCCGGUACGUGGGCCCGGUACCACCGACAGAAGGGCUGUGGCUCGGUGUGGAGUGGGAGGAGCCCAGCAGAGGUAAACAUGACGGCAGCCAUGACGGAGUCCAGUAUUUCACAUGCAGACAUGCUACAGGCGGCUCCUUCGUCCGUCCAGCGAAGGUGAGCUUCGGCGUGGACUACCUGACCGCUGUGCGACAGGCGUACGACAACGACCCAGACAAACUGCUGAGUGACACAGUGUCCGCUAUGUUUAAGAAGCCCAUCCAGGAGCGCAGUUUUCAGAGUCUGACGGCAGCGUUGCUUGGAGACCGUCAAGUGAACGGACCCGGAAGUGACGGAGAAAUCAGGAAAACCACACCCAACAUCAAGUGGUUGGACAUGUGUCGCAGUCUGUUGUCCUGCUGGGAGGACGUGUCCACCAUCACUGGGCAGCUGGAGGGACUGGAGGUUCUCCAGCUCAGCUACAACACUCUGCGUUUGCCCUCCGACUCCUCGUCUCUGUGUCGGUCGUUCUUCAGCCUCAAAGUUCUCAGUCUGAUCAGAUGUGACCUCACCUGGCCACAGAUCCUGGAGUGCGCCCCCAUGUGGCCACAGCUAGAGGAUCUCUGUGUGGAAGAAAACAACAUCACGGAGCUGCAGAGGCCGGAGGGCGUCCUGCAGAACGUCACCAAGCUCAAUCUGUCCCGAAACCCCUUAAUGCAGGAGACGCUGGUGAAUCUCUCUGCUCUACCCAGACUGAAGCAGCUGAGCUUGUCUCAGUGCGGACUGUCCGUCAUCAGGUUCGACGACGCUGCUCCUGGUUCACAAACCGACAAGUUUCCAGAACUGAGGGAAGUGAAUCUGAAUGACAACAACAUCUCGGAGUGGUGUGUGGUGGACGAGCUGGCGAAACUUGGCAGCUUGAUGAAGUUGUUGUGUCGUGGAAACCGUCUGACGAGUAGUGAUGGAAACCGAAAAACAGCUGAUCAGAUUCUGAUCGCCAAACUUGGACAACUGGUCACACUCAACAACUGCCAAAUACACCAUGAGGAGAGGAGGGGGGCGGAGCUGGACUACAUCAAGAUGUUUGGAGGGGAGUGGCUGAAGACUGGGGGGCGGAGUCAGACUAGCGACCAGUUCACCCUUCGACAUCCGAGAUACCAGAGCCUUAUUGACAAGUACGGAGCUCCAGAAGAAGGAGAACUGAAGAAGCCGAAGACGUUUGCCCUGAAGAAUCAGCUGUUAAAGAUCACGUUCCUGUUUCCUGAUGACGCAGAGCGGGCGCCCAUCCAGAAAACUGUUCCAGCCUCCAUGCUGGUUCAGAAGGUGAAGGGUCUCCUUCAGAGACUGUUGAAGGUUCCUGUUGCAGAUCUGAAGCUCACUUACUGCACUCCCAAGAAGCUCGGGACCGAGUUUGAGCUCGACAGCGACACAAAGACUCUACAGUUUUACACCAUAGAGGAGGGAGACCAGGUCCUGGUCCGCUGGUCCUGACACAGACCAGGAUCAGGACCAGGACCAGGACCAGGACCUGGAGAAGUGAUCCACAGCAAGGCAGAAGCUUCCAGGACUGAACCUGAGCCACGUGUGUUAGAUUCAGCAGCAGAACAACACUUGGCUACGCUUCACUUUCCUUUUACAACCCUCACACAGUCACUGAAUGAAACCCUUCAUCUCUUAGAGUCGCUGGGUUCAGGUUCAGACGUAAAACCCACAGACACGUUAACGUCAGUGUAGACGACAGCUGCAACCUGGAAUCUGGAAUAAACUGUUUCAAAAAGUCA